GUUUUUGACGAUGUGGUACGUAAUCUGUACGAAUAAAAUACGUCGAAUCUACGUUGUAGAUUGUCGUGUACGAAUUUGUAGAUUGGUAUUGUACAUGUACGAAUUUACAUCUUCAAUUGGAUAUAAUUUAGUGGUUUUUUUUUUUUCAAUACGCCCCAGCAGGAGGUUUACAGGCGUUAAUUUUCUUUUUUUAAUUAUUCUUUUUAUACAACAAAAAUUCAAACAAAUAACGGCCAAAAGAUGAUUUUUCCCAGUACAUACACAGAAAUUACAUUAUGCAUUCAGAUUGACUUUCACGCGAUACAACAAAUCGCAACAAGUCGCGCAAGGUAGCGCACUACGAGCGAUCGUAGCAAGAAAAUAUUUAGAAACGAUGUAAAAAGAACCAGUCGAGCCUAGUCUAGAAAUAUUCUGAAACGUCUGAAAUUUACAAAUGUGUUUUAUUUUCCGCGAAAGAUUUAAUUUAAUUCCUUGCGUUGGCAACUGGUUCAUGGACCAUAACGAGUGACCAAGCUGCAUAUACAAAUAACUCGUCGGUAUGAUAUCAUUGGAUAAAAAUUAUUACCAAGAAAUAAUAAAUUAUUACCAAGAAAUAAUAAAUUUAUUACUUUUGCCUAAGUUAUACUUAAAUAUAUUUAAAACUGAGAAAAUAUUGCAACUUUUGGAACAAAGAAGUCUCGACGUGCGUGGCACGUCAUUCUAGCGCAAGAGGUUAACCCCUAACUGAAUUGCGGACCAUAACGAGUGACCAAACCGUGUACAAUUCGUCGCUUUCUUUUUGAACUCAUUGGAAUGAUAUCAUUGAGAUAGAAAUGACUAAGAAUAAUAAUAUAAUAAAUAAUAAUAAAAAUAAAUUUAUUAUUUGUUUUACCUGGAUUAUAUUUAAAUAUAUUUAAAACUGAGAAAAUAUUGCAACCUUGGGACAGAAAGGUUCUCGACAUGCGUAGCACGUCAUUCUAGCGCAAGAGGUUAACCCUUAACUGAAUUGCGGACCAUAACGAGUGACCAAACCGUGUACAAUUCGUCGCUUUCUUUUUGAACUCAUUGGAAUGAUAUCAUUGAGAUAGAAAUGACUAAGAAUAAUAAUAUAAUAAAUAAUAAUAAAAAUAAAUUUAUUAUUUGUUUUACCUGGAUUAUAUUUAAAUAUACUUAAAACUGAGAAAAUAUUGCAACUUUUGGGACAAAGAAGUCUCGACGUGCGUGGCACGUCAUUCUAGCGCAAGAGGUUAACCCCUUGCGCUGGCAACUGAUUUGCGGACCAUAACGAGUGACCAAACCGUGUAAUAUCACUGGAUAGAAAUGACGAAGAAUCUAAGAGGUUAAUAGGCGGGGAAUCUUUUUGUUUUGUCUGUUGUAGGCACCAAAGCCAGCAGCAGCUUGGAGUGGAAUACGAUCGGCUAAAGAAGACGCCGAGAUAUGUACUCAAAGAAACAUCUACACUCACGACGAUGAGAUCGUUGGCGGCGAGGAUUGUCUUUAUCUGAACGUCUAUACGCCGAAAUUGCCCACCGAAGGUGACAGAUUGAAGGGAGGAUAUCCGGUUAUGAUUUGGCUGCAUGGCGGUGGAUGGGUCUGCGGCGCUGGUCACUCGGAAUUUUAUCACCCGAAAUUCUUACUAGACCACGAUGUGGUUCUCGUUACCGUGAACUACAGGCUCGGGCCACUGGGAUUCCUGAGCACGGAGGACACAACGUGUCCGGGAAAUAACGGGUUAAAGGACCAAACAAUGUCUUUUCGAUGGGUGCACGAAAAUAUAGCCGCCUUUGGCGGUGAUCCAAAUCGCGUGACCAUUUUCGGGGAGAGCGCGGGCGGCGCCAGCGUUCAUUAUCACAUGAUGAGCGAUUUGUCAAAAGGAUUAUUCCACCGUGCGAUCUCGCAAAGCGGCACCGGCCAUUGUCCUUGGGCCCUGACGAGACCAGGCUCGGCGAGAAGAAAGGCCGCGAAGAUGGGCGAACUUUUGGAUUGUCCUUCGAAAAACUCGAAACAGCUCUUGGACUGUCUGCGCACCAGAGACUCUGUCGACAUUAUCGCAACCGACCGUUCUUUCCAAGUAUUUGGUUAUUGUCCAAUGAUACCCUUCAGACCUGUAAUCGAACCUGUCCACCCUGGUGCUUUCUUGACGGAAGAUCCCGCAUUUUCGACCAAGCAUGGACGUUUGUUAGAUAUACCGUGGAUGACAGGGCUUACGUCCCAGGAAGGAGCUCUCAUAGCACCAGGAUUAUACGGGCGAAAGAACGGAGAGUUGAUUAGGAAAUUGAACAAGGAUUUCCCGAACAUCGCGCCGAUAACGUUGCUGUUCGGAGAAACGUGUCCUGAAGGCGAAGUGAAACGCGUGGCUUCUGAAAUACGGGAAUUCUACUUCGGCGAUGCACCGAUCGACAAUUCCACGCGAUUCAACGUGAUCGACAUGUACAGCGACGCCUGGUUUACUCACGCGGCUUACACCGCGAUACGUGACUAUCUCGAGAAACAGUCAUCACCCAUCUACUAUUACUAUUUCGCCUACAGAGGAAGCGCAUCGUUCAGCAGGAUAUUCGGCGAUCGCGACCACAAUUACGGUGUGUCGCACGCGGAUGAGCUGCAGUAUUUAUUCCCCGUCGGAGAACAAUUAUUCAAGGACACGCCACUGAGCGAAAAGGAUCACCAGAUGGUCGACAUUAUUACGAGCCUUUGGUACAACUUUGCGAACUCUGGCAAUCCUACGCCAGAAGUGUCAGGGCAGACACCCAAGUGGAAACCCGUGAGAACGAGGGCAUUCGAGCAUCUUCAUAUAGGACAGGAUGACGUUCGAAUGUCAGAGAAUCUUAUAUUGGAGAGAAUCAACUUCUGGGAAGAUUUGCAGAUACGAGCGGCCCUAGACAACAAUGGCGUGCCCCAUCAACAGAAGGACGAAUUGUAA